AUGACAGACAAAUUACAGCGAGUGCAAUCACAAUCUAAUAGAACUGAAGGUGGCAGUCCUAUCCCUUCCCCUUCCCCUCCAACGCCUGGCUCAAGAAUGGAGAGAAAGCCUUCAUGGCACGAGAACGCGCUCUUUAGGCGCCCAUCAAUGCAAAAUAGACCUUCAUUAGCAAUGUCCGUUUCUGAUGUUUCAACUCCUGCCAUUUCCUCUGGUCCUCCUUCUCCAACUGACGUUGAUUUACUCACCAUUGAAGAGGUUUUCUCUCAUUGGCAUGUUAGAGAGAUUCUAGGCGCUGCUUUCACUUCGGUUGUUGAAGAAAUGGAUAAGCAGAUCCCUCACGACGUCGACGCUAAAACUAAGAGAGAGACCAUUCAGAAGCAGUCACAGAAGUACAGGGAGAGAGCUCUCGAUCAACUCAAGGUUGUCGCUAGAACUAGAGGUGGUAAUGCUGUUAUUGGCGUUAAGCUCGAGUAUUCUCCUUCUUUGGAAAUGGAUGGCCACAGAUUCUAUGAAUGGGUUGCUAGCGGUACAGUCGUUACUCUCCAAAAACGCCCUCAAUUCGCUCGUUUGGACAGCCGUUAA